CUAGUCUGGAGGAGCGGAACUCCACCUAGCCCUGUGGGCGGGUGGUGCCAGAGCCGCACAUGCGCCCUGGAGCCUGUCCCGUAGUGGGUGCGUCUGUGCUGAGCGCGAAACCGCGGAGAUGAACCCUUUAACGAAAGUGAAGCUGAUCAAUGAGCUGAAUGAGCGUGAGGUCCAGCUUGGGGUGGCGGAUACAGUGUCCUGGCAUUCCGAGUACAAAGACAGCGCCUGGAUCUUCCUGGGAGGACUUCCCUAUGAACUGACUGAAGGAGAUAUCAUCUGUGUAUUCUCACAAUAUGGGGAGAUCGUUAACAUUAAUCUGGUGCGGGACAAGAAGACUGGGAAAUCCAAAGGAUUCUGUUUCCUCUGCUAUGAAGACCAGAGGAGCACAAUUCUGGCUGUUGACAAUUUUAAUGGGAUAAAAAUUAAAGGAAGAACUAUCCGAGUGGAUCAUGUGUCUAACUAUCGGACUCCUAAGGAGUCAGAAGAAAUGGAUAUUGUGACCAAAGAGCUCCAGGAGAAGGGCUGUGGGGCUCACACCCCCUCAUCAAAUUCAUCUGAGGGCUCUGAAGAGGACAAACCCACCAAAAAACACAAAAAAGACAAAAAGGAAAAAAAGAAAAGAAAGAAAGACAAAGAGAAGACUGAUCAGGAGGAACCGGCAGAGCAGCCAGCCUCCUCUUCAACUCCUAGAAGCAAGAUGAUAAAGGAAAAGGACGACCCUGGCUCUAAAAAGCACAGCAGCAAGAACUCAGAGAGGGGUCAGAAGCCAGAGUCUAGGGAGGUGUGGAAGCACCACCCCAGCUCCCCUGAGGUCAAGACAACCUGCCGCGGGGGAGUAGAGGACCAUGAGCAGGAGCUGAAGAGGGAGAAGCCCAAGUACGAGCACAAGUCCUCAAGCAGGAGGGAAGAAAGAGAAGAAAAAAACAGGGAUAGGGACAGAGGUCGAAGCUCAGACAUACAUUCUGGCUGGCACGAGGGGCAUUCUGAGGGACAUAGCCGUAGAAGUAGAAGUAGAAGUAGGAGCCGAGAUAAAUCCCAUAGACCUAAGAAGGCCCGGCACUCUCGAGACCUGGACCCCUCAAAUCCCAAUGACCGCAGGCAUCACUGAAGCUGAAGCCUGGGCAGCUACUCAGUGGAAUUAGAAAUGAACUACAUUUUUAAAAUUCAGUCAAAUUCAAUUAUGCUUUAUUGUUUCUGUAUGUAAAAUCUCUGAGGUUUCAUUCUUUAAUCCCUUGAGUAUUAGAGUUAUUGAGAGUGCAGUAAUUUCAACAGCCAAAUGUCCUGGAGUUUGGCUGAUUUAAAACUUUUAAAAAUAUAUAUUUUUAUAGAUUUCAAAGAGGAAGGGAGGGGGAUAGACAGAUAGAAAUAUCAAUAAUGCGAGAGAAUCAUUGAUCGGCUGCCUCCUGCAUGCCCCACACUAGGGAUCAAGCCUGCAACCUGGGGAUGUGCCCUGACCAGGAAUUCAACUGUGAUCUCUUGGUUCAGAGGUCGACACUCAACUACUGAGCCACACCGGCUGGGCUGUGCUAGAGUAGAGAAGGAUGGCUUCACUAGGUUUAGACAGCUUGAUGUGAAUGUGAUAAUGAUUCAUAACAUCAGCUUGCUCCUGCCCCACCCCUUCCUGCUUUUGAAAAUUUAAACAUCUUUUGCUUUUUUUGGUUGAUAAAUGUCUCCGCAUUUUU